AAUGUGCCAAAUGGAACCCAAAGAAACAAAGCCACCACCUAGAAAACAACCGAGGCAGCAUCCUUCUGUGCCUUUCGUUUGGGAGGAACUGCCUGGCUUACCAAAGAAGAACUGGCAACCUUCACUAGCCGCUUUCGUGCCUUCUCCUCCUACACUUCCGCCACCUAUCCCUGUCCCAGUUAAACUGGUCACCUCCGUUCCUUUCUGUUGGGAAAAGACCCCAGGCAAACUGCUACUCAAGCUUCCGCAACCACCACCACCGGAAACCGCCACGACUACUCCACUGCCACCUCCGGUUCCAGUUCCGGUUAAGCUGGUUACGUCUGUUCCUUUUUGUUGGGAAGAAACUCCUGGAAAACCGGCCCCAUCUACCGCAAAUGACCCACCUAAGCUUCCACAACCACCGUCUAAAACCGCCACGACUCCUCUAUUACCACCUCCGGUUCCAGUUCCGGUUAAGCUGGUUACAUCGGUUCCAUUCCAUUGGGAAGAAACUCCUGGACAACCGUACCCUUGCUUUGUUGAUUUCGACCCAACUGACCCUUUUGACCGACCGCUGACACCACCUCCCAUGUACGGUUGUGAAGCUGAAACCAGCAGUGAUAUUUAUGAUGACGCAAGCAGUGAUUCCUUCAGCUUUGUGCCGAUAUCAGGUGCUUUUACAGUGGAUGAAUUUGAUGACAACCUGAAUAGGGAGACGAGCUCGAUACCAACAUCGCCAGCCUAUGAUACUGAUGAUAGUACGAGCAGUUACAUGACGGGAUCUUCGUUCUUGGAAAAGCUAUUUCCACGUCUUCCACAGGAGAAUUCUCACCAUGUUCAGGUUACUACAGCUUCUAAUGACAUCAACUUUGGCUUUCCUGUGAGGACGCAAUAUACACUCCGGGAGUUAAUAAUGAUGAGCCGAAGGAGGAACUACAUGAGAAAGCAGAUUCCUUCCGUGGAAUUUACAAAAUAUGGAGCUGAGAGUUCCUGCCUCUUUGAGCUGGAAGGAAGUGAGUGGAAAAGAUACCAACGAAGGAUGUAGCUCCUUUAGAAGAAAACCGUAUAAAAGUUCCUCUAGAUUUGAUUAAAGAAACAGAACUUGUCGCAAAGUUGCUCUCUUUUUCAUAGAAGUAGAAACUUGUUUUUGUACAAAACAGAGCGUGAGUUUGAAUACCAAACUCUUUCUUCUAACAAACG